AUGGAAGCCCUCACUCGUCUGAAGCAGGCAUGCGGUCGACGAGACGUCAUGAGAGCCGCUCAUCUUCAAGCCCUGGACCAGUUAGAGAUAAGGCAGGAUCCAGCCACGCUCAAGCGGUUUGCAGAAAGGGGGAGACGGGGACAAUUGGAGCAUCGAAGCCUGAACGAUUUCGGAUCCUGGCUCUGCAAUCGUGCAGCCGCCUACCAAAACGCGUAUAGCAUAGCUGCUGAACAAUCUGCGCCCCCAAGUUCGGUUGGCCGCUUCCGGAAAGCCAGAACACAUAAGAGCUCAUCGCACCUAACGGGGGAGGAACUACCCAAGAGAACUAGCUGGGCCUACUGUUUCAAAUGCGGAAAGGAGCAUAAACUGUCCGACUGCGGGGACUUUAAGACGCUCUCAGUUGGAAAACGUGUAACCUUCUGCAUGAAACAUCGCCUGUGUUUCAGCUGUUUGGGGCCGAAGCAUUCCGUUAGAGACUGUACCACUAAGAGGCCGUGUAAAUAUCAAGACUGCCGGUAUUCGCACCAUCCACUGCUACACGACCCUAUACAAGUAUCAACUAAGGAAGCGCGUUCUACCACUGCACGCAUGGGUCGACGACAACGAGUAGCCUUAGGAAUGAUGGGUCUGGAGAUCCAAGCAGCUGAUGGAGAUUGGCGCCUGGCCAACGUCUUCAUCGACGAAGGGAGUGAUUCUACACUCUUGAGAAGCGCAUUCGCUACGUCUCUGAAGAUUAAAGGCACCUCUCAAAUUCUCGAGAUCGACGGCGCAGGAGGCGUGGUGAACCGACACAGAUCCAGGCGUGUCCAGUUCCAGCUACGCACGGAGUCUGGCGAAAUCGUCACGUUAGAAGGUUCGACGAUGAAGAUAUUCGCUAGCCCUACGCCCGUUACUGAUUGGAAUCAGAUGAAGAACAAAUGGCCACACUUGAGAAACUUACCGACCGAAGAAGUAGGUGGGAAGGUGGACAUAUUGAUUGGCACGGAUCAUACCCACCUGUUAGGAGUGAAAGAAACGAGAGAAGGCAAAGAUUAUGAACCGACUGCCUCUCGAACGAGACUUGGUUAG